GCCAUCUAUAGAAUCGAUAGUCGAUAUUGAUACCGUGUCAAUCAACUCAACAAACACACACAAAUGGGAAUUUACUUAUUGUUGAUCGAUCUGGAUCUGAAUAAAAAAUCCAUUCACAUUCAUUCAUUCAUUCAUUGAUUAUCAUCCAUUUUUUUUUAUUUACGAUACGAUUCAUCAUCAUUAUGCCAUCGACGAAUAUAUCACUUUAUCUGGAAAGUAUACGUUCAUCAAAAGCUCCAUAUUAUUGUCCAUUUCAGAAUUGUGGUAAAAGUUUUCGAAAAAUUGAUGCCAUCAAAAUGCAUCUGAAUAAUAUUGAUCAUGCAGAAAUUUCACCAACAUUCUCAUCGACCGGUCGACGAAUAAUGCCAACAACAGCAGCAGCGAUGAAUACGAAUGAAAAACGAUCUACGACGACAAGAGAUUUGAAAAAUAAUGACCAUGAGAAAAGGAUUCGAAUGAUUCAAUUUAAAUAUAAAUGUCAAUUGGUAACAAUACCAGCUGAAACUAAUAUGAAAAUGAGAUUUAUAUCGAUGCCUAAAGUUGAUAAUGCUGAUACUAAUAAUUCGGCAGCAGUUGAUGAGAAAAAGCCCAAGAAUCGUAAAUCGAAAAAUAAAUCAAUAAGCAAAGCUUCGGCAACAGCAACAACUACGACGACGAUAACAAAUCUAAAACUACCUGAACCAUCAUAUCGAUUGUUGAAUUCAGCUGAUAAUGAUUAUAAAGAGCCAUCUGAUUCAUUGGCUGCUUAUUAUCGAUUUCUAGAUGAUUCUAUCGAAGAAGAAGACCAAAUGAAAGUCGAAUAUGAUAUGGAUGAAGAGGACGCAGUUUGGUUAGAAAUGAUCAAUAAAAAACGACGUGAAGAUCGUCUACUCGAUGUAAAUGUUGAAACAUUUGAAUUGAUAAUGGAUCGAUUUGAGAAGGAAUCAUUUUUUCAAAGUCAAAAUUGUGGUGCCGAUAUUAGUUCAGCCAUAGAUGAGGAUGCCGUCUGUUCAAUAUGUUUUGAUGGUGAAUGUCAUAAUUCGAAUGCUAUACUAUUUUGUGAUAUGUGUAACAUUGCUGUCCAUCAAGAAUGUUAUGGUGUACCAUAUAUACCGGAAGGUUUAUGGCUAUGUCGACGUUGUCUUCGGUCACCAUCGACAGCUGUUGAUUGUGUUCUAUGCCCGAAUAAAGGUGGUGCAUUCAAACAUACCGAUGAUAAUCGUUGGGCACAUGUUAUAUGUGCACUUUGGAUUCCUGAAGUUGGAUUCGCUAAUAACGUAUUUCUUGAGCCAGUUGACAGUAUUAAUGCUAUACCAGCGGCACGUUGGAAAUUAUUUUGUUCAAUUUGUCAUCAAAGAAAUGUUGGUGCCUGUAUUCAAUGUUAUAAAAGUAAUUGUUAUGUUGCUUUUCAUGUUACCUGUGCGGUACAAGCCGGUCUUUAUAUGAAAAUCAUUCCGGUCAAUGAAAUAACACGUCAAGGAAAUGCUGUUGUCACGAUCAAAAAAUUUGCCUAUUGCCUUAAUCAUGCACCAGUUACAAAGAAUGGCUGUUCCAAUGGUCUUUAUCUAAGCGGUGAUGAAGAUAGCCGUAGUGAACCAAUCAAUAACAAAAAUAAUAAAAAAAGUAAAUCAAAAAAUUCUCGUAAAAUAAUUAAUGAUAAACGAACGUCCACAUCUAUAAUAUCGAUUCCAACCAUACCGAAUGAACGUUUAUCGAAAAUAUCUGAAUUGGUUUCAUUUCCACGAAGAAAUGAAUUUAUGCAACGAUUAUAUGCAUAUUGGAAAUUGAAACGACAAUCACGUAAUGGAAUGUCAUUAUUACGACGAUUACAAUAUACAAAUUCUACAAUGAGAAUCGAUAUGAAUAAAGAAAAAUCAUCAAAACGUGAUUAUAUAAAAAUGAAAAAUCAAUAUAAAAAAUUAUUACAACUAAGACGUGAUUUAGAACGUUCACGUUUAUUAUUGGAAUUGGUAAGAAAACGUGAACGAAUCAAAUGGAAAAUUAUACGUGAAACACGAUCAUUUUAUACUUAUAAAUUGAUUCCAUAUAAAAUGUUUCUAAUUCAUCUGUUGGAUAAAGUUGUCGAAAAAGAUAUGAAUCAAUUCUUCAUUGAACCGGUCAAUGUGGAAGAAGUUCCUGAUUAUCGUGAUUUUAUUAAAAAUCCAAUGGAUUUGGGUACAAUGCGUAAAAAAGUCGAUGAAAAUCAAUAUAUAUCGUUUGAUCAAUUUGAAAAUGAUUUAAAUUUAAUUAUCGAUAAUUGUACAUUCUAUAAUGAAAAAGAUACUAUAUGGCAUAAAGCAGCUUUAAAAUUGAAGAUACAUAUCGAUAAUAUUAUCGAAGAGAAUCGUAAAUAUUUAUCCAACUAUGAUACGAAUACUGGAUUACAUUCAUCGUCUGAUAAUCAAGAGAUUUUGUUCGCUGGUGAUGCUGAAUCAUGAUGAAUGUCUUUUCUUUUUUCUUCUCGUCAAAACAUUGGUCAUCUCAUCAUCGGAUACAUCGG